UUCUAUAUCUUGCCGGCUUUACGGCAGAUCUUGCUUUGUUUUAUGGACAUCUACAUAGAUUACUUGGGCAUUUGUUCGCUUACUCCCAUGGUACAUAUAAUCUGCCUGGGUGGCUUAUCGCUGUCUGAUUGAAGGAGGAGCUAAAAGGGCGUCAUCCGCACGGCAUAGAUGGUGUUAGAGUAGACGACUGUAGAGUAGAUUUGAUGAUUGCUUGCUUGUGCCUGGUGUGCCUGUUGAGUUUCAUGAUCGGGCUGCACGGUCUGGUCCAAUUCGGUAGGGACAUAAUCACGGGCCCGUUUUUGCUCCUCUUCUUCUUCCGGCGGUUCUUCCCCGUCCUCGUCGUCCUGGUUCCGAGUCCUCAAGCCGAGUUCUUACCAGAAUCGGUGCAAAGGGCUCAAGCCGUAGACCUUUCCAAGAGGAAGAAAACCGGGAAUCGAAAGCAGGACAACACAGGAUGAAAGGCAGCGAAUGAAGCGUUUCCCGUCAAGAUGC